UCGAUUACGUUCUUUACUAUUAUUCUUCACAUUAGUUUUUUAAAAUUUAUCAACAAUUAUCUUCUUUUUUAAUAAAUUAUAAAUAUUUUAUAAUAAUAAAUAAUAUUGUUGAACUUUAUUAUCAUCAUAAGUGACCGAUUAUUGUGUAAACAAUGGAUCUGGACAAGGAGAGCUUAGCAGUUUUGAAUACUGUACUCAAUAAUCCACAAUCAAUUCCUGAUGAAGAUUUAAGCGGAGGCGGAGGAACGCAUGGUAAAAAACAUACCAAGCCAAAAAAAAAAGAUUCUUCAUUGAACCACGGUAAUGACUUGACCGAAAUAUUAAAAUCAAAUAGUUCACUGGAUGAAAAAUUGCAAUUAGUGUGUAAUAAAUACUCUGAAAUAAUGCACGCAAAUCGUAAAUUGAUGGUCGCAUACAAAAUGUCUGAGGGACGUGCUACUAAAUUGCAACUGGAGAAUGAACAAUGUCAGCAGCAACGUUCAAAAGCAGUAUUGGCACGCUCGCGUUUGGAAAAUUUGUGCCGAGAAUUACAGAAGCUUAACAAGGCGCAAAAAGAAGAAAUUGAUCUCAAGUUACGACUUGAGGAAGAAAAGAGAAAAGAAAUAUCGGCUACUUUUCAGAGUGCCUUCGCUGAAAUGAGCACUCUUACUAAUCAGAACACGGAGAAAAAUACUAAGAUGCGGGAGGAAAAUUUGGAAAUGCGGGAGAAAAUAAAAUCUGUACGCGAGCGUAUUGAGUUGAGUGAACAACAGUUGGAAAAAGUACGUCAACAAGCUCAAUUAGAAAUAGAACUAGCAGAAGCUAAAAUGGCUGCUUCAAAAAUGGAAAUGGUUGCUGAAAAAGAGAGCUUGUUGAAAGAAAAACAACAAUUAUUAUUGAAAUUAACGGAAUAUCAAGUACGAAUAAGUGAAUUGCAAGCAACUGAAGUUGGAUUGAGAAGUCAAAUUAGUAUGUACACUGAAAAAUAUGAUGAUUUCCAGAAUGCGUUAGCUAAAAGUAAUCAAGUGUUUAGUGGAUUCAAUGAAGAAAUGGAAAAGAUGUCUAAAAAAAUCGUAAAAUUAGAAAAAGAAACGAGUUUAUGGAAACAACGGUGGGAGAAAAGUCAUGCAUCGUUGCUGGAAAUGGCUACCGAUAAACAAAAUCGAGAUACUGAAAUGUCCAAGCUAAAUCAUAAAUUAUCAUUGCUUCAGGAAUUAUGCAAGGCUUUUCAGCGUGAACGUACGGAAUUAUUGGCUCAACUGCGAGCGGUAAAUGGCCCCGCUGCAUCUAGUGUCCAUAAUAUUAAAUUAGAUAAAAUCGAUAUAAAACAAGUUGAAGAAUUAUCACAAGACUGUCAACAAUUGAAAGAUGACUUGGCGCAUUUACAAGAUAAUUUAUCUGAAACUAUUGUUGAGACUAAUGAAGAGACUGGUAAGUCUGGGACAAGUAAUGAAGAUGAUGGUAAAAAGGCUGUUGGUGAUAAAAAUGAAAGCGAUUUAGAAUCAACAAAUAAUGUUCAAGUUAAUUCUCAGUCGAAUGAAAAUUAUGUCAAGGACAGUAAGCCAGAGGUCGAAGUAAAAGCAAUUAAAGAAGAAGGAAAUGAAAAUAAUGAAACAGCGCAAGGAAAAGAAUGUAGUGACGAAAAAGGAAUUAAAGAUGGGGAUGUUAAAGAAGUUAAAGAAAUUGUUGUAGAAAGCCAAGAAAAGGAAAAUAAAAUUGAAAGUGGGGUAAAAGAAAAUGAAAUAAAAGAAAGUACUGAAUUAAUACCUGUGACAAAUGAAAAUGAAAAUAAAUCAAAUAAUAAUAAUGAAAGAUUAAAUAGUAAUGAAUCUCUUCCAGUGUCUCAGUCAAUAAACACAUUUAAUUGUGAUACAAAUUUAGAAAAUAUUAAAACUGAUAAUUCUAGUGUUAACUUAUGCUCAAUAAUUAAAUCUACCGACAGCCCUACAUGUACUGACCUUAAAGAAAUUAAAGUUUCUCAAACAAACGAUUCAACGAUUCAACACGAAAUUAAAACUAAUGAUAGUGAUGAAUCUAAAGCAAAUACCAAUGAAGAAAAAAGUAAUUGCUGUACAUUGAAUAAGAAGAAAAAAGGAAAAGAUGGAAAGCGAAAGAAAUAAUUUAUUUUAUACGGAAGACUACAAAAAUUAACAAUAAUUUUUACGAUUGAUUUAAAUAGUAAAUUAAUUAGACUUAUCAAUGAACAAUUUUUUUUUCAUAAUUCAUUUAAUUAUUUAUGUAACACAUUAAUCAUUUAAUAUAAUGAGUGGUAAGAUGAACUGUUAAAACUAAACCCAGUAAAUGCGUAAGUAAAAAAAAACAUUUUCAAUAAAAAACUUUCUAGCAGAA